AUGUUCACUGUAUUAGGCAAUGGCACCGGUUGUCAAUACCGCGUCAAACCGGAUUCCGGCAAAGCGGUGAAGGUGUACGUUAAUACAACCAGUGGAAGCAAAUGUGUGAAGGUGUCCAGUGACGGGAAAUCGGAAACGCUGUGUCCAUCAGGUGCAGCAAAUCAGUUUAUAUCAAGCUCACCGAUUGACGUUAGCGCGGAUUCCGACACGACCAGUCCAGAUGCAUCGACAGAACCAACUGGUACAGUAACAGACCCGAGCACAACACCUACGGAUGCAGCUCCGAAUAAGCCAUCAUCGGAUGCAGAGGGAAAAAAACCGCCUGCAAAGCCAACUGCACCGGAAACAGAAGCUUCUGGUCAAAAAAGCCAACCAUCACAGACUGGUGCACAAAAGGACGAGCAAGUAGAACACAGUAACCAAGAUGAACAAUCAAAUGAUGUAAAAGAUGCUCUCAGCCCUGUGAUCUUAAGGAAAGUCAGGGACAAUUCCGGAACAGCUGGAUCAAACGACGUAAUUGUGUUCUAUCUAUUAGACGGUGUAUCAACUUCCAAUCCUCCAGUGCUCCUGAUUAUUGGACUUGUUGCAUCUCUCAUUAAAUACAGUUCAUACUGA